AUGUCACAGACAUCUGGCGCCGCUGGUGCCGCUAUCAGGCUCAUCUGGAAGUGUACCAAGCCUAGAGACGCGACGGUGGUAUCGCUGUGCGAGAACCUCAUGCUCGCAGCCGCUCGCAAGUACAACAUGGACUGCGCCGUGAUCAGAGCUUCCGUUCAUUCGACAACGCGUCAGGGCGGCAAACGCGUCCAGACUGUGCCGCACAUAACUGGCGAUAUCGUAGAUCUGAAGAGGAAUGUGGGAUAUGCGCUGCAUUACAACCUCCAGCCUGACCAGAGGACGCCGACGGCUGGAAGCACGAGUGCUCCGAACCCGGAGGUGUGGCAGCUCACUCAUAAGGACAACAAGGGAUUCGUCCUGGUUCAGGAGGAUGGGACGGAGGAAAAUCAUGAUAUGGAGGGUGUUGAGUAG